ACCUUGUUUUCAAACUACCAAUAAAUCCACAGAAGAAGAUUGCUACAGGAGAAGGAGAAGUGUCAGUUUUUGAUAGCCAUUUUCAGUAGUUAGCAAAAUAAUGUACUCUUGAAAGACUACAUUUAUUUUAGAAUGCAACGUUUGAAAUGAACUCUCCACUGUAGCGGCGGAUCUCAUUUUGAGGUGACAACAUGUUCCUGGAGCCUGCAGCAGCUGAAGAUUGAUGUGUUUGACAGAGAAGCCACCAUCAUUGCUGCAGUCAUGGGAACAACAAUAAGUGAGCCGUGUAUCUACGACAAACUGUCAGAGAGCAUCAACAUUCUCCGCCAGUCGGGCUACCGCUAUGGCAUGUCGGAGCGAGAGAUCGAGAGGUUCAUCAAGCAGGUUCUGGAGACCAAUGAGCCAAGGAGAGAGCCUCCCCAGUUCCCUAUCCUGAGGGCGUCUCUGUAGUUUGUGGUGGCAGUGGGCUUCCUGCUGGUGGUGGUGCUGGCCUUCACCUACCCCCAGAGUGCCCCCCAGCUGGGUCUGGUCAACCUGGGUUGUUACAGCUGGUCGUCCCCCCUCAGCCAUGUCCGACUGCUCUCCCUGCCCAUUGCCAAGAAGUACAACCUGCAAGGUUUCCAUGAAUGGUGGAGUGCUGGUUCUCUCAGGCAGAGUCUGGUCAACUGUUCAGGCUGUGCAGAGAUCUCUUCUGUGCUUGAGGUCCCAGAGAGCCUCAGUGGGACCGUGACUCUGCGACGAGGGCCACAGCUCGUCCUGCUGAAGGGUGGGGAGUCCCUCAGCAUCCAGCGGCACCAGCUCGAGGAGCUCUACUUGGCCCAUUCAGGCUCCAUGUCCAUUCUGCUGGAGGAGGACGAUGGUAUGCAGAACCACAACCUCGGCCUCCCUCAAGGACCCGCCAAUUUCACCCUGCUCUGGAGGUUCAGCUCUGGGACCAGGGAGAAGGUGUUGAGGUGGCUCUUCCCAAAGGCUGAGCUAUGCCCCCUGCUGGACAGCGCUGGGACUAUUCUGCAGCGUUGCCUGGUCACCCACAGCACAAACUCUCAGAGCAAGGGUGUCGGUGUGUUGGGCUGGCUGGUGGUGGGCGAGGGGCUGCCAACAGUCCGAGUACUGCCUGUUCAACGCUGUCAGAAACACUGCAGCUCCUUCAACCUGUGGCUGACACCUGGAGACAUGGUAUAUGCUGACCCUCGCUACUGGCAGAUGGAGCUCUUCCCCGGCCGAGGCCAGAACAUCAUCUGUGACGGAUCGGCCUUUUAAAGUUCAGGCCGAACAAAGUGAAAGAGGACCGAGUGUAGGACUGAAUGCUUGACUU